AUGCGGUUCAACGUUGCUUGCGCCGCUGCCAUCGUCGGCGUCGCCUCGGCCCUGCCUGGCUGGUUCGAUAACACCCAGGACAUCGUGACGCUAGACGAUGACAAGAAGGUCCCUGGCAAGAACCCUCUGACCUACUGUGCUGCGAGCCACCCGGACGAUAUCGUCAAGAUCACGAGCGUUGAUCUGCUGCCCAACCCUCCAGAGGCUGGUGCCGAGUUGAAGAUUCGUGCUGCCGGUACCGUCUUUGAGGAUAUCGAGGAGGGCGCAUACAUCAACCUUGUCGUCAAGUACGGCCUUAUCCGUCUGAUCAACACCAAGGCCGACCUCUGCGAGCAGACUGAGAAGGCAGAUCUCAAGUGCCCCAUCAAGAAGGGUAUCCUCAGCGUUGAAAAGGCAGUCGAUAUCCCCAAGGAGGUUCCCCCAGGAAAGUACACGGUUCACGCCGAGGUUAUCAACUACGACGACAAGCCCAUCGCUUGCCUCGAGGCUCAAGUCACUUUCGGUGGCUCCAAGAAGGAUAUUGAGCUGGAGCUGUAG